AUGGGCGCUACAGCCCUCCAGAAACGUUCCAGAAAACUCAAUCAGGCCUCAAACCGCGCGAGAUCUGAUGUCACAGGCCCUGACAGUCCCAUCUCCCCACGCCGUCGCGAAGCUCUUCGAUGCGCUCAUGUGGCCGAGAAACAGCUCGAGGCUCUGAAAGAAGCGCACAAGAUGGAUCUGAAGACCAUAUUUGAUCUUCGUGUUCGUAUUGAUACCAAGGACCGCCGUCUACACAACCUAUGGCAGGUAGUCAGAUGCGGACGCGCAUCAAAGACCAAGCUUCGUGUCAAACUCAAUUGGACAAAGCAUGCUAAGAAUGUGCGGAGUUUUCGCAUCAAAGAGCAGAGGAAGGAUCAGGCUGAGCGUAUUCGCCGCGAGGCGUGGGGAUAUCCCGGGGUCCAUCGGAUGAAGGGGAAGGGCGGGAUUGUCACGGAGAAGAGUCGGGAGUGUGUCCGUGAACUGUUCCGGCUGAAUGUGCCUGCUGCCAAAAUCAAUGAUGCUGUCCAUGUUGUAUUCGAAAGCGGUGAUAUCACCGUCGCAGACUCUAUCAGCCGACGAGAAGUGGUCUGUAUUGUCGAGGAAGGAGGGAUUGCAUCGGAUAUUCAAGUGGCGAAAGAGAUCACUGAAGCGAAAGCUUAUACAAUCAGCGGGGACGGCACAACAAUCAGACAUAUCAACUACGAAGCAAAACAUGCGACGUACUACCCGAAAGGCUCAGACAAGCCUGUGACGCGGAUGCUGGACAUUACUUGUGCGGUCAAUCACACCAGUGAGGCGCAAUUCACGGCAUGGAGCAACGCCAUUCUUCUGGAGCUAGUGGGGACGUAUAACACUUCCCCGUUAGGUGUCGAGAGUCCUGUCAAUCCCGACAGCUUUGUUGCGUGGCUCAAAGGCCUCGGCACCGAUCACGCAGCAGAUCAGCAGAAGUUGAAGCAACUUCUGGAGGCAUGGAUGAUCUCAGCACGGCAAGUCGUUGAGGGCAAGGAAUAUCUGAGCGUCGCGGGGAUGGAAGAGACAAUGCCAAUGAUUGUCUGGUUCAAUAACAAGAAGAUACAGGAUGCUGGAGGUAACGAGGGAUGGAGUAAGCUCUCUGAGGCGCAGAAGAAAGCUAAGGAUACAGAGGUAUGCCGAAAGCUCUGGGAACAUUUCGGAGAGACUCGCUGGGCAUCUAUGUCUCCGCAAGAGGUCGCAGUCCAGAAGGCUUUUGUUUGGUGUGGGUGCUGUAUGCACAAGGAGAUGAACUCCGUGAAAGGCGGCUGCCAGGCAAUGAAACUGUUCUGGCAAAGCAUCGGCGGACCCGAGCCCAUCAAGCUGAUGAACAAGGCAAAUACGGCGGCGGCGGCAAACGGUGGGGAGGGUUCCAAGGCGUCCAAUCAUGCAAAUGAUGCGUCAGAGGGUGGAGCUGUUAAGCUAACCAGUCUGAUUGGAGCGUUGUUCAACCACAAGGAUGACAAGAAGGGGAUGCAGGAUACCUUUCGACUCUAUUUCCAGCAGUGGCUUGGGUACGAAGUUGCCUGUCCCGACACCAGUAACACGCGAUUCCAGUCGCACUGUGACUGUGCAAUCUUUAUUUUGGUGCAUCUCCCGCAAAUCCUGGCAUUCCUGACGCAUAUCAUGUACAAUAAGACCACGGUCGGCCUGAAUCACCUGGAGAAGAACGUUUUAAAAGGCUUGCAAUGCACUUCGACACUCACCGAGCUCGCCGUCCUCUCCCUAUAUGCAAAUAGUGUCAGCUACCCAUACAUGCGCAUUGUUCGAGGAUGCAAGCCGGAUGGUUCCCGAUACAACGCUCUUGAUCUUGGUCCGCUGCACGAGAAGGUUAUUGCAUUCUGCAACAAGUUGAUCGCAAAUACGGACCUUAUUCUCUCCCCCGAGGCCUCCUUUGUUGACGGAGCGUUGGAUGGGAAGCCCUGGGAGCACCCAGAGGUGUUUUACGCCAUCCAGUUUAUGGCCAAGGAUCUUCCCAACCUCCAUUCAUGCCUGGUAGCCUUCCUCCGUGGCACGGUUAACACAUGGAGGCGCUUCGGAGAGGAAUUCAGGCCUGACGGUGUUCUUGCCGGCUUGUCUCCAGAAGCUCGUGCGGGAAUCUUCAUCAAUCCGACAAACGACCACUGUGAGGGUGGAUUAGGACGUCUCCACCGCGCUAUUCGCGAGGCGGUUAGGCUGUCGCUUAGCACACACAAUGCAAAGCAGAAAUACGCAACCAAUCAGACCAGAGACUUCCUUCGCAGUCCGGCAGUUACUGACGCUUUGCGCAGUUGGCUCAGAGCUGAGGCUCGUCGCCGUAUCGACUCUGGAUGGGAUCGAAGACAGAAGGAGGCCGUGAUUAUUCACCAGAAGGCGGCUGCUGCUGACAAACAAACAGCCGAGAAAGCGCGGGACCAGAAGAAAGCCGAGAAGCAAGCCAAGUUAGCCAAAGUGGUGCCGAUACUGGAUUCCGAUUGGAUUCAGAAGAGCCAUAGUUCCAUGCGAGUGUCGCAGAUUGUCGAACAGAUCAACUGGCACCGCCAAUUUCUCAUCCUCAUUGUGGAUAGAUUCAACAAGGACAUCUUCCCCAAGCUCCAGACACUUGUCUCCGCUGCAGUCUCCGCCGGAACAGGGGAAUCCGAGUCUGUGGCAGCUAUCCCAGAUGUGUCGAGCUGGAAUGAGGCCGAGGAUGAAGAUGACGAAGACCUGAUUAUGGAUGAACCUUGA